GAGAGAGAGGGAGAGAGGGAGAGAGGAGAGUUGAGCACGAAGGUUAUUUUGCAUGAGGGAGGAACAGCUUCGGACCGAAACAGAGCCGCGAGAAGAGCUGCGAAGCAACGAAGCGGAGAGAGGAGCGUAUUCUUCUGCAGAACAUCACAGGAGAGGUGAAGCACCAUGGGGAAACACAACAGCAAGCUGGCUCCGGAGGUUCUGGAAGACCUGACCAAGAGCACGGAAUUCAACGAGGCGGAGCUCAAGCAGUGGUACAAAGGCUUCCUGAAGGACUGUCCCUCCGGCAUCCUCAACCUGGACGAGUUUCAGCAGCUCUAUGUGAAGUUCUUUCCAUAUGGAGACGCGUCGAAGUUCGCCCAGCACGCGUUUCGGACAUUCGACAAGAACGGCGACGGCACGAUCGACUUCAGGGAGUUCAUCUGCGCCUUGUCCAUCACCUCCAGAGGCAGCUUCGAGCAGAAACUCAACUGGGCCUUCAACAUGUACGACCUGGACGGGGACGGCAAGAUCACGCGCGUGGAGAUGCUGGAGAUCAUCGAGGCCAUCUACAACAUGGUGCGCACCGUGAUCAUGAUGCGUAUGAACAAGGACGAGCUGAACCCGCAACGCGUGUACAAGAUCUUCUCCAAGAUGGACAAGGACCACAACGACGAGAUCUCCCUGGAGGAGUUCAAGGAGGCCGCCAAGUCCGACCCCUCCAUCGUCCUACUGCUGCAGUGUGACAUGCAGAAGUAGAGGGAGGGACGGGAGGAGAAACAGACGGGGGGGGGACUGAAACUAGAGGAGGAAGGAGGAUUAGAGAACAGAAGGGCUCUGGAGGAAAGGGGAGGAGGAGGAGGGAGGGGGAGGAGGAGGUAGGGAAGCUUUAUUUCGCUUUAAAUAUUUCUAGGCAGUGAUGACUGCAAUUGUAACACAGUGCACCUCUGCACAAACACAUACAUGUACACACACACACAUAUAUAUAUAUAUAUAUAUAUAUAUAUAUAUAUGUGGAUCUCCUUACUCCUGAAUGGUUUGCCAAGAUCUUAAAAGAAUUUAAAUUACGAGAGAUUUCAAUGGUUAAAAAACAUUUUCUUUUGUUAGCUUUCUUUGUGUCUAUCUGCCAAAUGUUAAGCUGCAAGAAAGGUUAGCUUAGCUUAGCUUAGCUUCGAGACUGUAAACGGGGCUCCGUUCAGAGGUAAAUAAAUGUGCUCGCAUAACGUUGGAGCUUCUGCUACGCGGCGCUAGAUGGUUUCCAUGUCCGCCUCUUUAAAGGCAAAUGAACACAUUUCUGUUUGUUCAGCGUCUCACUCAAGUGUAAUUUCUGGGCCCCCGAAGCCAAUUUGGAAACACAGCGGCUGUUCGGAAGCUUUGCACCGCGGGAGAGUUUAAAAAAAAGAGAAUGGCAUUAAACCAACGAAGAAGCUGUUUGGUUCCAGGAGUCACCAAUGAUAUGUAGAUAGGGAACGGAUUAUGUAAAGGAAAAACACCACAGGCUGUGUGUGUGAGUGUGUGUGUGUGUGUGUGUGUGUGUCUAAGAAGCUGAUGAAAUGUUAAAUGCAUGAACAACAACUGAAAUUAGAAGUCGUUUCAUCAUCUAAGUUAAUCACCUGUUUUAGAUCACAGUUUAUUAAUAAAAAGAAGUUACUUUUGAUCACUUUACUCAAAGUAUUAGGCAUGAGACCUGUAAGGAGUUAUUACAUUGUUACAUUAUUACUUUGGUAUAAAUGCAUUAGAAACAUUUUAACUGUGUUUUCUGUUGGGAAACCAAACUGAAGUAACUCUGAUUACAGGAAACAGAAAUAAAAACAAAUAAGACAAAAUAAAAGCCUACAGAAUAGUAUUAAAGCUAAUGUUGCUUCUUUAGGACCAGAGAUUUGUCCUGAUAUAAAUGUAUCUACAUACGUACAUACGACAAACUACUGUUUCUGAAA